GGCGCGGGCUGGUGUGUCGUUAAUACUGUCCGGCGCUGAUACUGAUCAUGGAAGAGCGAUCGGGGGGAGGGGAACGUGCAUCAUACGGCUUCGCGCAGCCACCUGACCAGCUACCACGCCGUCCGGCCGGAUGGUGACGGGCUGCAUCUGCUUCACCGACGCCCCACUGGGCCGGUGCGAAGGCGCUGCUAGCGCGCUAACCUCGGCGUGCGGCCGGAGGGUCGGCGCUAACGUUAGCCGGCUAGCCGCCUAUCGUAGGCGUCCGGCUGGCGGUGAACAUCGGCGGCGGACAUCGGGGCGCUAAAUCCGCCGGCAGCCGAGAAUCAGACAUGAAUUUCCAAGGACGAUGCAGGGAUGACCUAACACGAAAGGUGUAGUUUACUUCCUGAAAGUGGGCAGCCAGGAGGCCCAGCCUCCAGGGAGCGAUGUAGGCCGGGCAUGGUGGAUGCCGUGGCAGAGAGGGGCCAGGGAGCGGAGCAUAAGCCAGACAUAGGCAGAGACGACUGUGAUGGAGCAGCAGGGCUGUAGAGGCAGCGGCGUAGCGUGUGCUAAUGGUUCUGCCGCUGACGCGACUGGCCUACAGCUUCUCUGCGGGGACAUCAAUGUGACAGGCUGUGACAGCAGAUCCCGUGUGACGAUGGGGCAAGAGCGGGGGACCUAUGACUUCUGCAUCGGCUUGGCUCUGGCCAUCAGUUCCAGCAUCUUCAUCGGUGGCAGUUUCAUCUUGAAGAAGAAGGGCCUCCUUCGCCUGGCCCGGAAGGGCUCCAUGCGGGCAGGCCAGGGAGGACACGCAUAUCUGAAAGAGUGGCUCUGGUGGGCUGGGUUACUGUCAAUGGGAGUUGGUGAGGCUGCCAAUUUCGCAGCUUAUGCCUUUGCCCCCGCUACACUUGUCACCCCCCUGGGAGCACUCAGCGUCCUUGUGAGUGCUGUUCUGUCCUCCUACUUCCUGUCCGAGAGGCUCAAUUUGCACGGAAAGCUGGGCUGCGUGCUCAGCGUCCUGGGAUCCACCACCAUGGUGAUCCACGCCCCCCAGGAGGAGGAGAUCAACAGCCUGAAGGACAUGGCUGGCAAACUGGUUGACCCAGGGUUUGUUGUAUUUGCAACAUUCGUGGUCAUCGUAGCACUUAUACUGAUUUUCGUUGUGGGACCUCGACAUGGACAGGUCAACAUUUUAGUCUACAUCACCAUCUGCUCUGUGAUCGGCGCCCUUUCUGUGUCCUGCGUGAAGGGCCUGGGCAUCACGAUUAAGGAGCUGUUUGCAGGAAAGCCAGUCUUCACGAAUCCCUUGUCCUGGAUCCUCCUCUUCAGCCUGGUUACCUGCGUGAGCACACAGAUCAACUACCUGAACAAGGCUCUGGACAUCUUCAACACCUCCCUGGUGACACCCAUCUACUACGUGUUCUUCACCACGUCGGUGCUCACGUGCUCGGCCAUCCUCUUCAAGGAGUGGGAGAGCAUGAGUGCCAGUGACAUCAUUGGCACCAUCAGCGGCUUCGCCACCAUCAUCAUAGGGAUCUUCCUCCUCCACGCCUUCAAGGACGUCAACAUCAGCCUGGCCAGCUUGGCCGUGUCCAUCCGCAAAGAGGAGCGGGCCCUGCCGGUUUCCAACGGGCUGGCGACACAUGCUGCGUACCAACUUCUGGAUGACACCAUCGUAGCCGACAUGGAGGACAGGGAGGCAGGUCUGCCGUUCGACAGCGUCUCCAGGAGGAACGGCUCUAUGGUCUCCUUGUAGGGAGGCUUUAUGGGAGAAUUCCCAAGAUGGUGGACCAUUGCACUAAACUGAUGUGCAGCAUUUUUUUGAUAUAGAAUCAAAAAUAUCAGACAAUCCCAUAGCAAAGUGGACCAAUGGAUUGUCCUGAUGUUUUCAUUUGCCUUAUGUUUUUGUUUUUUAAGUUGACUACAUGGUUAGGGAUCACUUCCAUGUAGGACUGAAUCUUUUUUCCGAUAUUUUUAAAAUUACUUUCUUAUACUCUGUGUACAGAGAUCUGUAUUUACAUGCACUGAGCUCAUUUCUACAAAUUAAAUGAAGAAAAAGGUCAGAUGCUUUAACUUCAAUAAAUCCAGUCCCAAUGGGAUUUUCAUGUGAUUCCA